AUGACCACACUUACAGAGUUAUUGACAGAUAUAGCCCUGGGUACUAUAGAUAGACAUAGUGUCCUUGUCAUCAAGAAUUUGAGCUCUUCUGUGAGUGUUGAAACUCUCGUGAACUGGGUUAAUGUGGUAACAGAUGAAGAUGUCAAAGAUGAUGUUUGUCAUUACCACCACCCACUGACCACUGUGUCCAUAGUUGUCCUUGAUACUAGUGUACGAGAUAAAAUUGAUCACAUUCAGAAGAAGGCACUGAUAAAGAAACUUGAAAAGGGAAAAAGAGUCCUAGAUGUUUCCCCAAUAGAGCAACCAGCAGGUUUGCUGCUUCUUGAUAGUCAAGGUCACAAACACUCGGAGGACUCUCUGAAUCUUUACUUUGAGAGUCCCAGAAGUGGUGGCAAAGAGGACAGUGUUCAGUCAGUGCACCACAAGGAUUCGGGAAUAACGGUUGUAACAUUCUUCCCAGGAUCCUUGCCGACAGCUGUUGAAAAUAUUCUGAGGAAAGGCCGUGAAUCUGGUCACCUACUCAACGACAAGCCUCUCACGGUCGUACCCUACUAUCCUGGUUUCCACAACUGUAUAAUAGACCAGCUGGCAAAAACAAAGACUUCUAAUACAGAGCCCAUAAGUGCUAAACAUUCUGUUGAAUUGGAGAGACAUGGUUCAAAUCAUCAUGACAGCAUCCAUGAUGAGCCUCAAAAACUGGAUUUUUAUGUAGAAGAAGAAUAUGAAGAAGACAAAUCUUCUAUAGAGGAUAACAAUAAUGUAGAAGUUAUGACUGAUGGUGAUUGUGAUGCAGGUUCAGCCAGUAGUGGGAAGGGUCAAGGUGAAAGAGAAUUAGAAAAAAACAUUGAAUUAUUGAAGCAAAAUUUGUUGAAGAAUGAGAAAAUUCAAGAUCAAAUAUGUCCUUGGGAAGAUGAUGAUAGCAACUCAUUAAAACCAAGUUAUGAGACAAAACAAACCAAUAAAAAAUCAGGAAACUUGACAUUAAUCAGUGGAGAUUUACCUUUUUCAGAUCACACCAGGAGGAAGACAAAACAAAAAGCUUUAGUAAUUCAAAAGACUAAUCCUAAAGUAUCUCAUCAAACACAGGAGAAAGGCCCAAAAUAUACCAGGCCAUCAGAAACAGAAAUUAUAUCUUUACCAAAACACAAAAUUAUUCUUUUGAGAAUUUCAAGUUUUGGACGGAAAAUGAAAAAUGUUGAAAUUGAUCUUAAUUCUGAAAAAGAGCAAGUUCGAAUCACAGGAAUGAGAGAAGACAUUCAGACUGUUAUUGAUGAAAUGAGGAAUAAGUUGACAGAAGUAAAGCAACAUGAUCACAAAAUACCAGACGAAAUAGCUCUUUUACUUGAGCAUAAAAUGAGAGUACCUGAUUUCACAAGGCAGACCUUGAUGAGUGACAAAAUUUAUGCACAUGUGAUAUGUUUAGCAAAGGAAAACAACAUUCGUGCAUAUGCUUUCCAAAGAGAUCAUGCGAAGAAAGCUGUAGACAAGAUGUUGUCACUUAUUCAAAGUGAAGACAUUUCUUACACUGACUGCCAUUUCAAGUAUCUGCGUAAUGCUGCUUGGCAAAAUCUUGUUCAGAAAUGGGAAGGGCUCGGUCUUGUCAAAAUAAAAUUAAUGAAAACAGAGAAAAAGAUCCGAGUAAUGUCACUGGCAUCACCCACUGAUGUUGUCAGAGAUAUUGAAAAAGAGCUCGAAAAGUUCAGUGAUGUCACUGGUAAACCAAUAUCUAUUGAAGGAGGAAAAGGAAUGAUGUUGCACUACUGUCUCCAAGACAAGAUGAGACAGAUGGAAAGUGAUGUCAGACAUUCUGGUGGUCAGAUGGAUCAUGAAUACAAAGCUGGUACCUACCUGGUCACUGUACAGGGCAGUCCAAACAUUGUCCAGAAAACUGAGAGCAAGCUCCGCAGUCUGACCUUCAACAUCUGGGAGGGUAAUGUUGACCUUGGUAGACUUGAAGGGAAAUCAAAAGCCCUCUCAGGGGAAGAACUAGCUGUAGUUAUUGAGGGCAUUUCAUCAAAGAAGGGCAAAGACUUCCUGAGGAGAUUUAGCAUCGAACAUUCAUGUGUCGUUCUGUUUUCCUCUCAACAAGGAGCCAGGCCCAGUUCCAGGUUUGACGAACCAAAGGGAUUGAUGCUAAAUAAGCGAUCAAGUUCUAUGCCUUUCCUGGAAAUGCCCUCCACAAAACCACGCAACAGACAUUCGAGAGCUGACUGGCCAGAACAUUCACAGUCAGCCCAAGAUAUGCAAACCCCACCGAGACAUAAAUCUAGAACAGGAAGUGGAAACAGAGAUGAACAUGACCGAAGAUAUUAUGAGGAUUUCUCUAGACAAAGGAAACCAGGGAGAUCCUCGAGACUUUCCAAGUCUAUACAGAUCAGAAAUUGUACAAUUUCUGUAAAGAAAGGAAGCAUCAUUAAGGAAAUGGCCAGUAUUUCUGUGAAUGUUGUCGGAGAAUCAAGAAACCUUACAGAAAGCUUCAUUUCCAGGCAAUUUUGUGAACUUGGAGGUCCUGCAUUGGAGAAGUCUUUUAAAAGGGUUGACAUUGGAGAGAAUGUUGUUUUUACUCCGAGUUCUGGUGGUUUACUAUGUGAGAAUGUCUGUCACCUGGUUUUACGGAAGUGGCGCUUUGACCAGAAAAGGCUGUUACAAAAUGAGAUAGAAUCGAGCCUUCAGGAAAUAUUCUUAGAAGCUAAGAAUCUGCGUGCCUCCUCAAUCGCCUUUCCAGGUGUCGGAACAGGAAGACUUCUUGACUACCCUGUUCCUUUCAUAGCUGAAUAUUUGUUGUCGGGGGCUGUCACAGCCUGUAAACAGGGUACCAGUUUGCAAAAGGUGACAUUUGUUAUUUAUGAUGAAAAACAGCUUGAAGUUUUCAUUAAACAACUUGAAAGAGAAGAAGAAAAGAGUGCACACUUGAUCCAACAUCCUCAAAAUCAAGUUCAAGUACCAGUUUUUCCAACAGGUAGCAGUAGACAGGAAGCGCCCAUUUCUUUAGUGCAUCCAAGGUCAAAGUCAGACGUGUCACAGGGUAGUAUGACCUUGUUCUGUACACCAAAAGAGAAAGGGGAAGAGCUACGAAGCACCCUGUCUGCAGAUCUAAGGAAAAGUUUUCUAGAUAAAGACAAAAUUCAGCUUCAUUCUGAGAAAGUGGAUAAGAGGAGAAAGAAGAAGAUAACAGUAUUAGGUGAGAAGGAAGCUGUACAUUCUGUAACAAAAAAUGUCUAUAAGAUUCUUCACGAGUCUGCUGCCGAACAAGCUCCUAAGAAAUACAGUCCACCUCACGGGGAUAAACAUGGAACAUCAUCGUAUUGGGUUGAACUGUUUGAGAAUCCUCCAGUACCCCAAUAUUGGAAAUACUUUAAGGGUGGCUAUGGUUUUAUGGACUAUUUCAGAAAACUUUUUAACAAAGGGAACAGAACAGAAAUACUUGAUGUUGACUCAACAACCUUUGGAUAUGUAAAAUCAGUAGUGGAAAGAACAUUUGACAGAAAGCUGGUUGGUCACGGACAUGAUGCUAAAGGGCUGACUCACUCCCAGAUAGUCAUUCGAAAGGUGGAGAGGAUUGAAAACUAUUCAUUAUAUGAAGCAUAUGCUCUUGAGAGGAGAAAAUUUUUCAAACGUAAAGGAAGUGGAAAAAGUAAAUGUUUGCCCCUUGAGACAAUUCCUCAAAAGAAUAAAGGACCAAUUACAACCACUCAGUGUAUCAACAGCCAUUUGUUGUCGGACAUGUUCAAAGAUAUCAAUGAGCAUUACUUCUUCCAUGGCACGGAUGAUGAACGCAUCAAGAGGAUCUCAGAGAAAGGCUUGGAUCCACGCUAUGGGGGAAAUGGAAUGUUUGGUCAGGGCAUCUAUGGUGCUGAAUGUUCUACAAAGGCUGACCAGUAUGCUGACACAUCAACUUCACGACAAUCACAAGGGAGAAAGAUGUUAAUGAUGCGUCUGUUACUUGGUGACACCUUCGUGACCUCCGUUCCAGAAAAGUACAGUUUACCCCCAUGCAAAACAUGCAACAAGGUCAAAUGUUUAACUCAUCACCAUAACUAUGAUUCAGUUGUUGCAGACGGUCAAUGGCUUUUCAGGGAGUUUGUUGUUUACGACAAAAAUCAAUGUUAUCCAGAAUAUAUAAUUACUUAUGACCGCCAGUGAUGAUGAA